AGCCCCGCGCGCCUCCUCCUCCUCUUUUCGUUUAAAACCGACCUGGAGUCUGCCAAUCUGUCACUUGGUCCUGAGUGACUGGAGGAAUCAUUUGUUUCACAUAUAAGGUGUUCGGCCUCUCUCAUUCAGCGCCACCAUGACGCACAUCGCUCCUCUUCUCGCUGUCAUUUUCACAUCAUCACUCCUGCGCUGCGCGGCUGCAGAGGCAUCGAUCCUCUGCACCUGGACUAAAGUUUUGCCUAAUAACGAAGUGCAUUUGAGUUUCCUCCGGAGCGACUCCCGGCAGGCCUCUCCAUCCCUGCGGCUCUACCACAGCGCCUGGUCCGGGGAGCACGCUCUGCGCAGCUGCGCGUGGAGCGACGACGCGGCAGUGAUCCAGAACUAUUUAUCUCUGUGCCGGGAGCGCACGCACGAGUUCUCCGACCACCCGGAUGGAAAGCUCGAUGUGGACUCCAUGUUGCAGACAGAGGACCUGUGCGAGUCUGUGGCUGCCCUAGGGGACGGUGGGCGCCCGAGGCCGGCGAGGAGCAUCGGUGGACAUCAUCAGGGUUCAGCUGAAAGGUCAGAGGUCAGGAGCCAUCAGCGUGUAAAGCGCGGUUUCAUUGUGCCAGGGACUCUCUGGUGCGGCUCCGGCAACAAGGCGCCGUCAUAUGCAGAUCUGGGAGUUUUUGCAGAGACCGACAGCUGCUGCCGUGAACACGACCAUUGCAAAAACACCAUCCUGUCCUUUCACUCCGAGUUUGGGGUCUUCAACAGCAACAUCUUCACCAUGUCUCACUGUGAUUGUGACAACAAGUUUCGCUCUUGUCUGAUGGAGGCCAAAGACCGCAUAUCCAACGUGGUGGGAUACACCUACUUUAACCUGCUGAAGAUGCACUGCUUUGAGUUAUUCAACAAACUGCAGUGUAAAGAGAGAAACUGGUUUGGCAUGUGUAAAGAGACCCAAAUGGUUCAAUAUGCUGAGGUUCAUCCGGCCAUGGCGUACGAGUCCCCUGAUUCAACCGAGGCCAGCAUGAACGGCUCCUUCACAAACACCACCAUACCCACGGAGCUGCUGGGGAACAGCAUGUCAGACUCCAUCGCUGCUGCUGCUGCUGCUGCUGCUGCUGCAGUGUCCACAGUCCCUACACCGUCACCGAGAAACACUUUACUGACCAAAAAACAAACUCAGUCUGAGCUGGAUAUCACAGAGAAGCAGCUGUCGUGUGAAGUCUAUAAGGAUCUGGACGAGUGCAGGAACAAGAUCCUUCCCCAGCGGAAGAGAUAUGGCCUCCACAACCCAGACGACAGGACGCUGUACCACUGCAACUGUACCACCAGGUUAUUCCAGACUUUGGCUAAACAGAGACAACUGACCGAAGUACAGGCUCUUCUGCUGGGACAUGUGUCUCAAUCCUGCUUCAUGGCGCAGAACUGCACAGCAGGCAAAAUCUGUCCAUCAGUUGUGGUGAAAGCAGAGCUUCCUCGGCUGGAGCAGAGCAGCAGAGCAGACACGGAGGAGCAGCGCCAUCUACAGGCUGUCCAGCUGAAGGUCAGGAGGCCAAUCACGAGGAGAGCUAAGAGGAAAGACAGAGCUGUCAGGCUUCACAAACUGUGUCUCAGGAUGGUCCGGCCCAAACUCAACCAGAACAAGACCAGAACACACCGUCAGGGCGCACAUCAGCCAGCUGUGUGAGGAAGAGCGCUCGUCUGAGUGUGAAUAGCCUACUAUGGAGAGUCAAAGGGUUCAAUGUUAAAUAGAUAAAUAAGACAUUAUUUCAGGUCAUUUUCGUUUCAUUCCAGCACUUUGUACGUCACAUUUUCUUUCCUCCAAAGUCUGUUGAUAACAUCCUGAUGAAAGUUUUACAUCACACGUAUUUCCAACAAGAUGUUAAAAUAAAAUACAAAAACACUGCUGGCUUGUAAUAAAAAUAACCUGCAAUAAACUCAGUGAUAGAAUAAUAAGAAUGAGCUGAGUUUUAAAAUGUUGCAUGGUCAUACAACAAGUUUUUUAUCAGCAUCACAUGAUUAUUUAUUUAUUUAAUACUGAACACUUUGGGUCCCCGUAUAAUAUAGUAGUAUUAUUUAUUCAUAUUGUCCAUUUCAGAGAUGUAGUGGAACUCAGUUUUGACCAAAUUGUGACCAAAUGUAACAACUUUUAUGGGAUUUAAAAAAAGAAAACUUUCCUUAAUUAUAACAAAAAACUUUUCACAGCAAAGGCUUGGACGUAUUCUAAGAAGGAAUCGCACAGGUGUGACUUAUAACAUUAAUAUUAGUUAAUUCAGGUGUGCCAGUUCAAGAGCGCUGCUACAGUACAUGCAUGGCUCACUGGAAUACCUUACAUGAUUAGUUACACCUGUGCUUUCUUGUUGGCUUGGCUCCAGACUGAAAUAUCUAAACAACUAUUGGAUUAAUUGCAAUGAAAUUUGGUAUAGACAGUCAUGUCCCCCAGAGGAUGAAUCCUACUGAUUUUGAUGAUCCUCUGACUUUUCCUGUUGCGUCACCAUGAGGUUGACAUACAUGGUUUUCAGUAAAAUAUCUCCACAACUAUUGGACAGGGAAUACCUGGAAAACUAAUGGCAUUACCAUCAGCCUUACUUGAACUUUGUAUUUAGUGCUGAUUAGCACAUGUUAGCAUGCUAACAAGCUUAACCAAAAUGGUGAACAUCAUCUGCUAAACACAAGUAUGUUAGCUUUGUCAUUGGGAGCAUGUUAGCAUGUUGACAUUGGCAUUUAGCUUAAAGCGCCUACAGUAACUAGUUAUAGCUGCUUGGAUGUAGACUAUGCUACAUGUCAAAAUGUCUGCCAUGAAAAGGGUCUAUGAGUUUGAUAUCUGUGGCACUUUCCCCUGACACAUUAAUUAAAAAGGAGGUCAUAGUUUACCAACCUUUUUAUGUCACUGUGAUUGAGGUUUUAGCACUGAGUGUAUUUGUAAAUAUUUGUUCUGUGUUGCAGUGAGUUGUAUAUAUGCUAAAUAUGUAGAAAUAAAAUGAUGUAAAUAUA